UACUUGUAGAAUGAAAGCAAAACUGUGCAGAUGAUGUUCAAGAAAGCGAAAUACAACACGACCUACAUAUCAGACUAUCAGACUUCUCUUCUUGAGAUUCCGUAUGUUGGUAAUGAGUUGAGCAUGAUCAUUCUGCUCCCUGAAAAGAUUGCAGAUAACUCUACUGGAUUGGAGAAGCUGGAGAGAGAAAUUACAUAUGAGAAACUCAUGGAAUGGAUCGAUCCAGAGAUAAUGGACCAAGGAGAAAUUGAACUCUCCUUUCCCAAAUUUAAAUUGGAAGAAAAAUAUGACCUGAAGCCUGUUCUGAGAAGCAUGGGAAUGACGGACGCAUUUGAUGAGGGCAAGGCAGACUUCUCUGGAAUGUCAACUAACAAAGAUUUAGUCCUAUCUGAAGUUGUUCACAAAACAUUCAUAGAAGUCAGUGAGGAAGGCACUGAGGCAGCUGCUGCCACUGCUGCAGUAAUGAUGUUGCGGUGUGCAAUGUUUGUGCCAGAAUUCAAGAUUGACCAUCCUUUCCUUUUUUUCAUUAUCCAGCGAUCUACAAAGAGCAUCCUAUUCUUUGGUCGGUGUUGUUCUCCGUAAUGGAUACAUUCUGCCUGUAUUGAUUAAAUGCCUUGAUGCUUCCUCAGAUGUUUAUUAGCCACUUUUCUAAGAAAUUUCAUCACCACGCAUUUGAUUUUCUCUGCAUUUGGCAUAUGGUUCUAGUCAUAUUUGAUUUUAAUUCUUUCUUUCCAGGAUAGAAUUAUUGUUGAUGAAUUCAAGGAAAUACAGGUAAUUUUACUACAAGGUUCCAGUGCUCUGAUUGCUAGAUAAAUCCUGUACAAUUGCUCUGAGAUGUAUGGGAAUUUGCAAGGGAGAAGUUACUCCCAAGCACGAAUCAAGGUUUCACAACAUAUAUGUAUCUACCCUGUAUACAUUUCCAUCUGAUGAUAAUAUGUACAGUCAAUUCAGCUUGCCUUAGUCCAUUAAUGGUUUGUCAUCUUUGUGAUGUCACGGCUAGCCAUGGAUGCCUCUGCUGAGCUUAUAAUAACAAGUGUAAACAGUGCUAGAAUACACAUAACAUAUUUUUGUGAUUAUAAAUAAGAAUGUAGUUGAGAAAUAUGAAUCCUAACUUGGAACUCAAAUGUAUGGAUCAUUUAAUCAAGCAAUUCUAUUGUGUGUAAAUUCAGAUAUCUACAAAUGAUAUUUACCUUAUACAGUUCUUAUUGUGACGCAGAUUUUCAUGUAUUCAGAGGAUUGAAAUAAAAGCAUUUGAUUGUCGCUGU